AAUAAAGUCUCGAAUAUUUACUAAAACCAUCUGCUGGCUGUUAAGUUAAGAUAAGUUUUUAUCAUUGAGGAGGAAAUGAUGCCAUUUGUUGGGACCCAGUUUCAGCGGCGGAUGCAUCGAGUGUCUGAGAAACAGGAAUUAAUGGAGGAAUAACGGUGAACUUCAGCAGCAUCACCAGACUUCAUCUGCACGUUUUAGAAGAUCAUAUUUGACUGGAGGUGUUUCUCCAGUUCACUUUGUGAGGAAGGAGCCUUCCCGGUCACAAGUUGUUGACCGUUAAAAGGAUUUAUUUGCAUGGGGGAAGUCCGUUUGGUUGGUGUGGUAAUUAAAUGCACAAGGUCAUACUUGAAUUAUUAUCAGCUGGCAGGAUGUGCAGAGCUCACUCCCCUCCCUUGAUGUUAUGACAACCACAGUAAACGCAGUGGACACAAGUGCAUCGUGUGCCCUCUGGUGGGAAGAAACAAACAAUUGGGGAUUUGAAAUGCCUUUAUCACUCCAUACAUUUAGAAAAUAGUGUCAUAGACAAAUCCAUACAAUUUUGUAUGAACGAGGCAGUGGAUGAUUUAUAGAUGGAAAAACAACAAAAAAAGAUAAUUUUAAAUGUUUCAUUCAUAAACCAACUAAAGCUGUCAGAUAAAUGUAAUGUACAAGUAGAAUGUGGCAUGAAAGUACUUCUACUAAAGGUACUAAAAGAGCACAAGGGUCACAGAAGGAAGGAAUGUGUGCGUGCGUGUGUGUGUGUGUGCGCAGGGGGCGGGGCGGCUUGUCACUCACACACAUGGUCAUCGACACACAGCACAGAGCGGCACACAGUCCUUUACUUCUUCUGCUGCUUCUUCUGCAGCGGAGACCCGAUCUCUCCUCGUCUCUCACUGAGUAUUCGCUGUCAACAUGGCGAGCAUUUGAGCAAGAGCGACCCGGACAGCUGGCCCGGCGCAGUGGAAGGCAUGCGCCCCCCAUCCACCCGCGCGCCAAAGCCCUGCGUGCUAUUUAUACUCCGCUGGCCAGGAUCUCUGCUGGUGUCCGUUCAUUCACGCCCGGACGCCGCAAAGGCCACCGCGUCCGGAUCAAAGCCGGCUACAAAUCUGCUGGUUCUGCUAUUCCAUUCGCGUAGGGGAGCCUCUGGUGUUACCAGCUGACCCUUUUUACCCGACGGCAUCGAGGGAAAGCGAGCUGUCAUAGAGACAAAGACGAAACAGUCAGUCAACUACAAUUUAAACAGAACUGAGUCCUCAUCAUUUAAGAGAUCCUCUUUCCCCCCCAAGCUCGUGACAUUAGGGCAGAGGUUUCUCAGUAAUCCUGCUUGCCAAAAAAGUAAACAAACCCAGAUCUGGUUGAGACCUCCAUAUCCAAAGGUUCAAACUGUCCCUGUUAAGGUGAUUCCUGGGGAGCAGCUCUGCAUGUUCUGAUUGGGCCUCUGAUUCGCUUCUCUUCCAGUCGUCACAGCGUAGAUGCUCCAUGGCCAUCCCGCGAAUGUUUAACUCCAACACCCCGUUCGUCGUCAUGACCGGAGGAUCAGAGCUCUCUUUUCUCGGCAAAGAGGACGCCAGCCGAGGAUGCGGGGAGGAGAAGGAGGAGGAGAUGGAGGAGAAGGAGGAGAAGGAGGAGGAGGGCUCGCUGGUCCAGGCCAUCGGCAGCCACCUGAGCCGGGUGAUGCAGCGCGGCACGGCCAACCACGUGGUCGCCGAGGGGCGCCACGCCGCCGGGGAGAGCGUCUCGAUAGUCGCACAGGCCGAGAAUCUGUUAGUGUGAAAGCUGCGCUCCUGAGUGACACAGAGGACGAGGACUUCAACGUGGCGGCCAAACUCCCACUGCAUCACCUCCGGAGGAAACCACGCCGGAAAACCGGAAGGCAGAGCCAAGCGGACGGGGAGCGACCUCCAAUCAUCCGGGGUCUGUGGGUGCAGGAGAUCGAUUGGCUGAACUCGGCGAGCAAAGAGACCACGUCCUUCGCCGCCGCCGAGAUAAUCCCGCCUCCUCCGCAGUUCACCGACUGCGCGGGCCCAGGCGGUGCGGAUGUGUGCGUUGGAGGCGGAGAGGAUGCGGCAGAGGACCGGCCCGCGGCAACGGACGCUAGAGGAGGCUCAGACUCUGACUGCAGUUUGCACCGGGACUCCGAGUCCCUUUACACUCACGAGAGCGAGUCGGACUCCUCCUGUGCCGCAGAGGACUGCGCGCCCGGCGGUUUGGAAGUCGAAGCCAGAGUGUCAAAUUUGGCCUUGGACCUGAUGCAGGUGUCUGGUUGUACGUCUUCCUCUCAUGCAGAGUUGGAUUCAGACUUUGAAGGGUGUGUUCGGAGCCCUGUGGGAGCCUCUGAAUCCAGCCCAGAGAAUGCGUCCCAGCACGCCUUUGGUGUGGUGGACACGUGGGAUGUUGACGCGGUUUUGGGCGGCCUGAGAGGACGAGUCACACAGCUGCCGAAGCUCUUUGUUUCACCUUUCUUUAGAGAUAUGAUCAACCAGACUCUGAACUGGGAGAGCAGCCCGCCUGUCAAUGAAGGACUCAUAUUUCAUCACCUUCUUCAGCCCAGCAGCUGUGAGUACAGGGAGGGAGAGGAGUACUGCGUCCUUCGCCGCAUACAGAGCGGGUCCUACGGGGACGUCUUCUGUGUCAGGGACAAAAGGACAAGAUUCAAAUGUGCUGCCAAGAGGAUCCCGGCGAGUCACUUCAGCAGUGAGGAGGUGAGCACGUGGAGCGCUCUCAACUCUCCUCGCGUGGUGGAGCUCUUUGGGGCUGUGAGGGAGGGACCCAACAUUGUGCUCUUCAUGGACUUGAAGCCUGCAUGUUUGGCCCAGCUCCUGAAAGACAUGAGCUCCCUUCCUGAGGACUUGGCCCUGCACUACUUCCACCAGUCACUGGGGGCCCUGGAGCACCUGCACCACAGAAAGGUCCUGCACCUGGAUGUCAAAGUUGACAACAUGCUGCUGUCGGCAGACUGCCGGGACACGUUCCUCUGUGACUUUGGUCUCUCGGAGACGUUGGACGACAGCGGAAGGAGCUUCAGCGCCUUCAGAGGAGCCGCCUUCCCCGGCACGGAGAGCCACAUGGCCCCCGAGGUGGCCCGGGGGGAUCCACUGUCCGCCAAGGCGGACGUGUGGAGCAGCUGCUGCAUGCUGCUGCACAUGCUCAACGGAUGCCCCCCGUGGACACGAUACUACUCCCCCCCACUUUGUCUGCAGAUCGUCAACCAGCCGGCUCCUCUGUGGGAGGUGCCGUCCAACUGCAACAACUUCACGGCCAAAGUGUUCCGGGCCGGACUCCAGAAGGACCCCGACAGACGGGCAUCGGCCAAGGAGCUCCGGAGGAAAAGCACCAAAGCCCUCCGAGCCGUUGGGGGUCUGAGCGCCUGGUCCGUCAAAAGCGCCCGCAAUAAUCUGCGGAAUGACGGGAGCCAGGAUGAGGACAGCGUCUGUCCUUCUACACCCGGGAUCAACCCGACCACAACCCCGGCCCCAAUAUACUGGGUGAGUCCCUGGAGGACCACAGCGGUGGAAGAGGACGGCAGCGACCGGAGAGACGGUGACUCGGUCCAAGACUCUGAGGCGGAGAUGGACUUCUUAACCGGGGAAUGGGAGUCCUGGCCAAAACCGCUGCAGGACGAUUACAGAGAGGACUGGCACUCCGACUCCGAUUCAGAGGUGGAUAUCUACAUGGCAGAGGAGGAACACCUGCAGAGAAAGUGGUUGAAAAGUGAAAGGGACUACGAGGGCGAUUGGGAGGAGGAAAGAGCGGAGGAGGAGGAAGAAGAAGAGGAGGAGGAGGAGUGGGACUCCUUCAUGUCCACAGAGUAUCUUCGUGCUCUCAGAGGCAUUUUCCCUCUGCUGCAGAAAGGCCAGCAGACAAAUGAAGACUCGUGGGGAUCAGAGCCAGAGCUGGAAAACCUCCGAGAAGAGGCCGUGAUCGGCACCGCCAUCCAGACCCCGUCCCCCGAGCCCCGAGACGACCCCCCCUCCUGCUUCAGCUGCUCGGACACAUCGCAGAUGGACGCCUCAGACAAGGAGUCCGAUCGCUCCUCUGAUGAUCUGAGCUCUGGAGUCUUCUCCUCCUGCAACAGCCGGACAGAAGGACAUCUGGAGUGGUCGGCCUCGGCCAAUCAGCCGUCUUCCUACUGCUUUGAAGGUGUUGACAUCUGGAUCGAGAACGUCCAAGGCGAGUGUCUGAGGAUCCGGGAGCGUCGGCAGGUCAAAGUGGGGCACGUCGCCAUUGGGAUCAGCGAGCAGGUCUCGGGGAAGGCCUUCACCCUGGAGACUCUGGACAGGAAGGCCGUGUCCUUCGAGCUGGAGAUCAGGGAGUCCUGCCUGUGGCUGCGCUGCGUCCCCGCUCCGGACCGCUGUCAGAGCUGGAGGUGGAGGGUCACGGACGGCAAGCUGGAACUCCGGGAAUGAGACUUCGUUGACCUGUUUAUUGUCUCCGCACUGAUUUAGUCAUCGAUCACAACAACACGUGUAGAUGCGCUGCUGAUGUGACCGACAGUGUAAACAUAAGUAUUCAUGGGUCAUUUAAUGUCCUUCUGUAACCGCCUGAUCCGGCACCACGAUGCAUCGGGUCUCUGUGAAGACUCAGGUGCAUGCUGGGUAGGGGACUCUCUUCCCUGUUUAUGUGUGUUUGCGUGUUUGUGUGUGUAUAUACAUAAUUUGUAUUUAUAUUUAUAUAAAGUAGGACAGCUGGUGCUUCUUGUUGAGUUUAUGAGUUGGGAUUUAAUCAGUCAGAUUUUUUUUUUUAAUUUAAAGCCGACUUUCUGCCAUUUUCAAAGGAUAUCUUUCCUCUUUGUUACUUUCCCUUCAGUUUCCUUUGUAAUCUGGAAAAGUCUGUCAUGUUGCCCUUUUAUAACGAGUGAAGCUGCUUAACUCUGAGUUACUGUAGUGACACAUGAGCCCUUCAGACAUUAAUAACUUAAGUUAUACUUAAUAAAAACCAGAACAUUUAUUAAAAACUAUGACCUCAGCGGUUUGUUCUUCGGCCUUUGACCUCCAAGCUGAUGAAACCGGCGUAGAACGAAGAUCAGGCCGACCGACGUUAACGACGCCAAUAAGCACAGUUCAUGUGACCGCAUCACGUGUGAAAGAUCACAGGAUUCAGGCGUCUGAACUCUUAGUACGGAGGCAAUUACUGUAAUAAUUUGGAGUUAUUUCCAUGUCUGGAGUUUGUUUAGUUAAUUUAGGAAACUGAAGAUUGCUUAUAGUCAACAGUUAAAAACAUUUAAUAGGUAUUUAAUCUGCUGAUUCCAUUGAUAUUGUAUUUAAACUCUGCCAUGUUUGGACUGAACUUUAAAACAACGCUCACAGGAAAUACUGUUAAUAAAAUGCUUAAGAGU